AUGAUUAGCCAGACUGAGGAGAAGAGUUCUGCAAACAGCCAUGAUCACACCUCAGUUGGAGGACUUGGGGACAGUUUCUACGAGUACCUGCUGAAGGCAUGGCUCAUGUCCGACAAGACCGACACAGAAGCCCGCAAAACCUACGAUGAAGCCAUUGAGGCUAUCGAGCGGCACCUGAUACGCAAAUCCAACGGCGGUCUGACGUUUAUCGGCGAGUGGAAGAACGGCCACCUGGAGAGGAAGAUGGGGCACCUGGCGUGCUUUGCCGGCGGCAUGUUUGCUUUGGGCGCCGACGGCUCGCCUGACGAUAAAGCCGGACACUACCUGCAGCUCGGAGCCGAGAUCGCUCACACCUGCCACGAGUCCUACGACCGGACAGAAACUGGCUCUGCGAUCACCUCCUCGUGCAUCGGUCUGGGAAACUCUCUCACGCCACCUGCAGGUCAGGCUGGAAAACCAGUUCCAGGUUACAAUGUCACAGUGAUCGAUGAUGACAUGCAGGAGGUGAAGCCAAGAACCCUGGGAAAUAUUGUGGUGGGACUACCUUUACCACCCGGUGCAGCAUUGUCCCUGUGGCAGAACCAUGAUCUGUUCAAGGAGCUCUACUUCACUAAGUUCCCGGGUUACUAUGACACCAUGGAUGCAGGCUAUGUAGAUGAGGAGGGUUUCCUUUACAUCAUGUCCCGGUCUGAUGAUGUCAUCAACGUAGCUGGCCACAGGCUAUCAGCUGGAGCAUUGGAGGAGUCAGUGCUGCAGCACCCUGCGGUGGGGGACUGCGCUGUGGUGGGUCUGGAGGACCCUCUGAAGGGUGUCGUUCCACUGGCCCUGUGUGUACUCAAGAACGGUGUGCAGAAAAAUAAGGAGGAGAUCGUAGCUGAGAUGGUGAAGCUGGUGAGAGACACCAUCGGACCAGUGGCCGCCUUCAAGAAAGUGCUCUUUGUCCGAGGAUUGCCGAAGACGCGCUCUGGAAAGAUCCCUCGCUCCUCUUUAGCCAACCUGGUCAAUGGCAAGCCGUACAAGAUCACUCCAACAAUCGAGGACCCAGGAGUGUUCAAAGAUAUCGAGAGUCAGUUAGAAAAAUGGCUGAAACCUCGCGGAGCCUGAACUCAUCUUUUAAUGUACUGUAAGUUUUACCAUCUAAACCUUAGAUAAAUGUGCCAACUCCAUGAAGAACUUGAAACCGUACUGCCUUAGGUUUCCAUAAUUAACAAGUAGAGACACUAUGGCAACUGUUUGUACAAAUUAAUAAACUCACUGACAGUAGUUUUUCUUUUAUUGACAAUGAAAAUUUGCUUGCUCACCACUUAGUUUUGACAAAGUACAAGAAGUAAUAAAUAAAAAAGAAUGGACACAAAAUAAAAUGAUUCAUCGUUCGUGCAAAUUGAAGAUGUAAAAAAACAAAUCAAAAGCGUGAGACUUUUUGUUCCGAGUGGUCCAUCAGAGAUAACUAAAAGACAGAAAACAGGGCCGUACAAUAGGUUGCCCUGAGAACUCUGACAGAAACAAAGAGUCAACAGUUACACCGAUGUAAGUCACAGCAAGCAACAGUCAUAUACACUCUACGCACACUAUGAGCUAAAGCAGUCUGUCUUUCAGUUAUUUCCUAUGUUAACGUAAUGUCUGAGGGGAGGGGGGGGGGAGAAGGCCAGAGUGUGUUAAUGUAUCGCCCGACAAAACAUACAGUACAACAAGUGACAGGUUCUAUGAAUGACGUCCUGCUUUUCUCUUUUGUUCUCUGAGAUGAAGUUUUGUGCAACUUCGGAGCUCUUGUUUUUUCCUUGGCUACUAAAAGUCUGUUGAGUUGAUGCGGUUGUAUCAAAGUGCUUGUCAUGUUCUCUUAAAAUGCUCCUUUUUAUGACAGCAAGUGCAUAAAAAGCAGAGUGAAGUGUUGUUGGUGUCAGAAAUGGGGCUCAGAGUGGUUUUUGUGCACCACUAGAGGGCAGGUUUUCACAUCCAUCCUCUCAAUGUUUCAUCAUCAGCAGCACAAUGAAAAAAUAAAACCAUAUGUACAAAAUGAUCUAAGAGGGCGGGGUAAUAUGAACACAUUUAAAAGAGCAGCAUAUAUUAAUCUAUGGUCCACUAAAUGAGGUGGCAGGGACGUUUUUUUGCACAAACUCUGAAUAUCUUUUUUUAUACAUAGAUGUGUGUAUAUAUAUAUUUAAAAAAUGGCAUUUAUUUACAGAUAACCUACACAUCUCCUGUAGAAGAAAUACACAGUACGUUAUGCUUCGACAAGUUACUGUACAUGUAAAAGGUAGAAACGGUGACAACGGAGCAGCCUGCGGGA